AUGAUAAUAUCGAGCUUUUGGAAAAGACUUUAUCAAGAGCCGAAGUUCCAUAGUCUGAGCACCGAAAUCCAAGAUGGCGAAGAAGAUGAGAUUGAGUCUGAAAGCCUUCUCAUGAAAACGAUCUUCGUCAAAAAAACGGCCUUAUCCAAUGUCUGUAUAAUUCUGACGGUUUUGAACAUCGUUGUUUUGAGCAUUACUAUCAUCCUAGUCCUGGGCACCAAGGGGGCUUUCUGGCAAAGUGAGAGGAACCCCAGUUUGAGGCAGGUGUCAUGGUGGUCUCCCAUUCUCGAUGACAUAACCAUUCCAGGUUAUUCAACGAUGCUGAACGGAACAUUUUUCCCCUUGCCAGAGGUUUCGAUUGCACGCGAGGAGCCCAGUACUGACAACGAUGCUAUUUGGGCUCAAUAUGAAAAGGUUUUGACACACGUCGUCACUCGCGAUCAGAUCGUCAAGCUGGGCAAGGAUCCAGAGACAGUCGCCUCCUUCGAUGAUAAAUACUGGGGAAUGGGUGACGAUGCUUAUAUGGUCCAGCUUGAUGUGAUGCAUCAAAUCCAUUGCCUUAAUAUGCUCCGAAAGGCUGCUUUUGCGGACUAUCCCGGGUAUGAGCCCAAAUUGGAUACUAAAGACAAGUUUUGGUGGAUCCAUCUUGGCCAUUGCACCGAGAUUUUACUUCAAAACCUGCAGUGCAAUGCGAAUACAGAAGUAUUAACUCUGGCUUGGGUGGAAGACCGCCGAGCGCCAUGGCCGGACUUUAGUGUGAACCGGAAAUGUCGCGACUUUAAUGCACUGGUAGACUGGCAGCACAAUAACGCUGUUGAUGCAGAUAAGUUCGAUGCAAUGCCAGUUCCUAAAAAUGCUUUUCUGUGGCCGGCGCCGUGGAAAAAGCAAGACUAUGAGCUUGGUGUCAAGCUGGGAGACCAUCAUCGGCAGGAGGGAGAGGAACUUGGUGAUCCACACGCGCAUCAUAGCCAUCAGUCUAUGAGAAACUGA